AUGCUCAGCUCCUUGGAAGCGUGGUCCAAAGCCCACAUCUCUGACAUCUUCGAGGCGGCCACCGAUGACCGGAGCUUCCGGGCCAUCGAAGCAACUUUCGCACCUGAUCUGAUUGGCACCAUGAACGGAAGCCCCAUAUCAUUCGCCGACAUAUGUCGAUUGGUCUGUGAGAUGCGCCAAAGUGCCCCUCAAGGGCUCAGCGUGCAAUGGGUCAGUGCAAGAGAAACGCUGGAUGAGGGAUCUCAAAAUCAGAAUGGAUGCCUUGAGGGGAAGUACAUCAUCCAAGGAAUCUUGAGACCCGUGGACGAUCACCAAUGGCUGGAAUUUGAACGACAGAAGCUGGUUUCAGUCCGGAUCGAAAGCCAGAGUCCAUCGGCAGAAGUCGACAGUCGACGUAUUGUUCGUCUGCAUUUGAAAGCAUCGGACGUGCUUGUGACGACAACAAACUUGGAGAAUAAAUCACAGAUGUGUACGGCUAAAUUCUAGAGUUUACCAUUCAAAGAGC